AGUUGAGAAGUACUUCCAUUAACGCCUUGAGAGACAGUGUGCUAGGUCGGAAGCAAGGCGCAAAGCCCGUUGUUUCAGGCCAAACAAACAAGCAAUAGCGAGGAUGCACCUUUUCCUCAAACACUUUAACCUCUUCCACCGAGACAUUUGGCUGCAUUCUCACUAUGUUUCUUCGCUUGCACUCGCACUUCGCCCUCCAUUUUCUGGCAAUCCAAAGGCGGCCCUAUACUCAAGGAACCUCGACUCACCUCUCAGUUGUUCCACUCCAGGAACUGCCACUGAAUUUAUCCAGCAAGCAAAACGAGAACAGCUAGCUCCAAUUGUCUAUUCUGUUCAUAAUAUGAUUGAAGUUAACGCUGAACUGAAGCAAUUAGUGAAACAGGGACAACUUUGUAAAGCUAGGAAUAUGUUUGAGAAAAUGGACCACAGAGAUGAGAUUUCGUGGACUACAUUAAUAGGUGGUUAUGUCAAUGCCUCAGAUUCAUACGAAGCUUUGUUCCUGUUCUCAAAUAUGUGGGUCCAGCCUGAACUUCAAAUAGAUCAAUUCAUGAUUAGUGUUGCACUCAAGGCAUGUGCACUUGGUGUCAAUAUUUGCCUUGGAGAAUUACUACAUGGAUUUUCAGUUAAAUCUGGUUUGAUAACCUCAGUGUUUGUCAGCAGUGCCCUGAUAGAUAUGUACAUGAAAGUAGGCAAAAUAGGAGAAGGUUGCAGAGUCUUUGAAAAAAUGAUGGCUAAAAAUGUAGUAUCAUGGACUGCCAUUAUUGCAGGGCUUGUACAUGCAGGUUACAGUGCGGAGGGACUGUGGUACUUUUCUGAAAUGUGGAGAUCAAAAGUGGGCUAUGAUUCACAUACAUUUUCCAUUGCUCUAAAAGCUUCUGCUGAUUUGAGUUUUUUACAUCAUGGGAAAGCUAUACACACACAAACAAUAAAACAAGGAUUUGAUGAGAGCUCGUUUGUGAUUAAUACUCUAGCAACCAUGUAUAAUAAAUGUGGAAAACCAGAUUAUGUCAUGCAAUUGUUUGAAAAAAUGAGGAUGCCAGAUGUAGUUUCCUGGACAAAUCUUAUUAUGACAUAUGUGCAAGUGGGUGAAGAGGAACAAGCAGUGAAAGUGUUUAAAAGAAUGAGAAAAUCAGAUGUCCCUCCUAAUAAAUUCACUUUUGCAGCCAUAAUUUCUGCCUGUGCAAAUCUUGCUAUUGCUAAAUGGGGGGAACAAAUACAUGGUCAUGUAUUCCGUCUUGGUUUUGUUGAUGCUUUGUCAGUGGCAAAUUCCAUCAUCACUCUUUAUUCAAAAUGUGGGCUGUUGACUUCAGCUUCAUUAGUGUUUCGUGGUAUAACUAGAAAGGAUAUUAUAUCUUGGAGCACUAUAAUUGCUGUUUAUUCUCAAGGAGGUUAUGCAAAAGAAGCUUUUGACUAUCUAUCAUGGAUGAGAAGGGAAGGGCCAAAACCAAAUGAAUUUGCUAUUUCUAGCAUACUGAGUGUUUGUGGAAGCAUGGCACUUCUUGAGCAAGGGAAACAGGUGCAUGCACAUGUACUUUGCAUUGGCAUAGAUCAUGAAGCAAUGGUUCAUAGUGCUCUUAUUAGUAUGUAUUCAAAAUGUGGAAGUGUACAAGAUGCGUCAAAAAUCUUUGACAGUUUGAAAAUGAAUGACAUUAUAUCAUGGACAGCCAUGAUUAAUGGAUAUGCUGAACAUGGUUAUAGCCUAGAGGCCAUUGACUUGUUUGAGAAGAUUUCUAGAGUUGGUUUAAAGCCAGACUACGUGACAUUCAUCGGGGUUCUGACAGCAUGUAGCCAUGCUGGAAUGGUUGAUCUUGGUCUCUUCUAUUUUUUGAAAAUGACUAAUGAGUACAAGAUCAGUCCUUCAAAAGAACACUAUGGUUGCAUCAUUGAUCUUCUCUGCAGAGCAGGGCAAUUGAGUGAAGCUGAGCACAUAAUACGAGCUAUGCCAUUCCAUAUUGAUGAUGUUGUGUGGUCUACCUUACUCAGGGCAUGUAGAGAGCAUGGAGAUGUUGACCGUGGAAGAUGGACAGCUGAACAGUUGCUUCGGUUGGAUCCAAAUUCAGCUGGAACUCAUAUUACUCUGGCUAACAUAUAUGCUGCCAAGGGGAGAUGGAAGGAAGUUGCAGAUAUAAGAAAGUUAAUGAAGUCAAAGGGAGUAAUAAAGGAAAGAGGAUGGUCUUGGAUUAAUGUCAAUGAUCAUUUAAAUGCAUUUGUUGCUGGGGAUCAGGCUCAUCCACAAAGUGAACAUAUCACAACCAUUCUGGAAUUAUUGAGAGCAAAUACAGGAGAUGAUCAGCUGGAAAUAAGAUCUCUUCAUGAAGAUGUUGAGGUUUAGCAGACGGCUACAUUCUGUGUCAUUAUGGGAAUGCUCAAAAGUAGUUUUUUUUUUCUAAUUUCCAAAUUUCGUAGAUUAUUGAGAAUUGGGUUCCCUGUUCUCAUCAUUUGAAAACAUAUAGCUUGAUACGGGUUCUCCAAAAACUGAGUUAGACAUUUCCAGAAGAUCAAGAGUUCUUUCUGAAAAAGCAAAUUAAUGAAAAAGUUUGCUUAACAGAAAAACAGUAUCUGAUGCCAGAAGAGUCCAGCCGGAGAGAACUUAUUGGAUCUGAAAUUGAGGCCAGGGUUACCAUUCUCAAUUAUCAGUUUGCUGAAAUUAAUGAUUGUGUAAGUGCCAUGAUUAUAUUCCCAAGGAACUGCUGCGGUGCUAAUCCAAUGGACUGACCUACCAGCAUUUCAAGCCCCAUGGGAACCCAUGAAAGCCAUCAUGAAGCAGUUUCCUUCUUUUCACCUUGAGGGCAAGGUGACUCUUUUGUGGGAGACUAUUUUUAGGCCUUUUAUAAGUAAAUAUUACAAGAGGUGAACCAUAAAUUGGGUUUUGAAUUAGGACCGAAUUGUUAUGGUUAUGGUAAGUACAGGCAUCUUCUGUAAAUAGUUGUAUCCUUUCUAAUCGUAAGCAACUUUUCAGAAAUACAAUUUUUCUCCGUUUACUUCUAUCUUUCCUUUCUGCUGUUUUUCUAAUAGUACUGGUCAUUUUAAAUUGUACAGAUGGCAAUAAUAUCUCUAUAUUCCACAUAAGGAUCAACCUAUUUGAGCAUUGCUCUGUGGAUAGCUGAUCAAUGGACUCAGGUACCUUUGAGGUCACUCAUAGUCGCUGACCACAGCCACAAGCCUGCAACCCAGCCCAGAUUCAGCUCCGAUGGAUUAUUUGGCUGUGUCUCUGCAAAUGUACAAAAAGGGAAUAAAUGGGAAAAUAAAAUGCAGGUGAUAGAAUUUUAUCAUUAUUGAUUACUAAUGUCUGCCAAAAUAUCAGUGAAUUAUGAAAUAUGGAUGCUGCUGCUGACUGGAUAAGGGAUUGAUAAUCUAUGGAUUAUCAAUUCUGCCACUAGGAAUUAGCGCAUAUAUGCUCCAGUAAAUGGUCUUAAAGAGGUUGACUAUUUAACUCUUUACUGAUUAUAUACGAUCUUAAUCAGUUCAUGCAAAAGGGAGUAAUUUCAUACCAAAGUAGUUUUCAACUGGCAUUAUUAUAAUGGUUUUGAUUUAUCAUUUUUUCUUAUAUUCAGUAUGCCGAAGAUUUUGAAUGAGUAUUUGAACAUUAUAUAGGUAAGUCUUGGAAUUUGGGCACUUGUCUUUAUUCGUACAUCCCAGUGAAAUUAUAUAAAACUGUUGCAAAUUGAUAUGUUUGGAACAUGAACAUUGUUCUCUACCGUAUAUGCAUGCUACCCAAAUAUAUAAAGUAGCUUUACAUAUGAAAAUUGAUGUAUCUAACAGCUUUGAGCAUGAUUGUGUCUUCUUGCAUUCGGCAUUUUAAUUUCCGUGCUUUGUUUCUUUCCACAAAUGGUUAUUAUUUUGUGAUCCUCUUAUUCUAUAACUACCUUCUCUUUGCCUGUUUAUAUCUUACUUAUCUUACCUUUUCAAUUGUAAAUAUGCAUGCAAAGAUAAAACGUCUGUUGGAUCAAGUGAGUUGAUGAUGACGCUGGGGUGCUGUUAUCUGUCAUGUCUCGGAAGUCUGAAACCAGAAAUGCUAUGGGGAGAUUGCCCAUACCGAAGAUAAAGUGUUUGCCUUUUAGUUAGCACAGGUUUGGAAUGAAAAAAUUGUUUGUAGGAGACAUUCUCCAAAUAUCAUGUUUGGUAAUUAGUUGUAAAAAAGAACUCAUAAUGCAUUAAAGAAAAAUGUUCAUGACAAGGGAAUGCUCCUUACCUUAGGCGUACCUUUUUCUUUCUUUGGAGAACUCACGAAAUAUAGACAAAUCUAAACAUGAAGUUAUGAACAUUAUUCAAAUGAAAGUAGUUGAAAGUGCAGAACUAUUGUACACUUGAUAUACAGGUAGACAACUCUAGAAAUGAAAAACAUUGAAAGUACACCUUUUGAAUCAGCAGUUAAAAAAGCCUCGGUGAUAAAAUCUGAACAGGGAACUCACCUGCUUAAGAAGCAUUCAAUUAUAAGAUACUUACAUUUGAAAAACUUCAAAGGAGUCCACCCUAUAUGUAAAGGCCAUA